CACCGCGCAUGCUCAGCUACCAGCACAAGGUGGCGGUUUCACGACGUGGAAUCGCGGCCCGGUAAGCGACAGAAACCGUAAAAGGCACGGCGGUUUGGGGGAUUCUGGCUUGGUGUCGCCAUGGCUCGGGACGUGAAAAGCAAACUGUCCAAGAACCUUCUCCGCAUGAAGUUCAUGCAAAGGGGCUUGGAUUCGGAAACCAAAAAACAACUUGAGGAGGAGGAAAAGAAGAUAAUCAGCGAGGAACAUUGGUUUCUGGAUCUACCAGAACUGAAAGAAAAGGAGAGCCUUAUAAUAGAGGAAAGAAGCUUUGUGAUGUGUGAAGACCUUCGGUAUGGAAGAAUGUCCUUUAAAGGGUUCAAUCCUGAAGUUGAGAAGUUAAUGAUCCAGAUGAACUCAAGGUACAAGACAGAAGACAUUAAAGAGGAAAAGAAUGCGAUGGAAGCUGAUGUAUCAGAUGAAGAAAUGGCUAGAAGGUAUGAAACCUUAGUAGGAACCAUUGGGAAGAAAUUCCUAAAAAAGAGAGACCGUCAUGUGCUGCAAGAUCCUACGGAGGAUGAAAGCAGUGACAGAAGGCCCAGCAAAGUGAAGAAAGUAUUUUUAAAACCCCAGGAUUAAUGUUGGAUAAUUUCUGUCUUCCUGAAGGAGCAGAAAUUUGUAAUGCCAUUUAUUUUUGUAAAUCGCUGGGACUGUUCCUUUUUUUCAAUAUGUAAUGGAUGUUAUACAUCCGCUGUUCCCCAUGCAUGGACUUUGAGGAACACAAAAGCAGAUGUAAGUAGAUGCCAGUAAAAGUAGGGAAGUAGUUCCUUUUUAAGAAAGAGAAUGGAAGAAUUUGUUUAUCUGGUUCGUCUUGAAAAAUGCAUUUUUAAUUUCUGAAGAAGUUUUCACGUGCCUUAACAUUAUUUUUCUUGAGGAAAAUUAUAGCCCCCCGAAAAGAAGAGGGUACAAGCAGGGAAAGAAAAUCCUACUUGCUGUAGCCUCUUUUCUGAAGAAAUCCUUUUCUUUAUUGGUUCCUCUAAUGUAUCAGCCAAAUGGCCUGUUAUAACUUACAAAUAAAUAAUUAUAUUCCAUUGCA